AUGUUCACGUUCAAGUAUAUGAAUGAACAAGAGGUUAUUGCUCUUAGGAUCACCCUUUCAAUCGUCGGUAUUUUUAUUGUCGGCUUGCGUUUUAUUACUCAAAAUCUUGAGUAUAGUAAGAGGGGUAUCGAUGAUUGGCUAAUAUUGAGCGGUCUCGUGAGGGCCCAUAAUGGAGCCUUUGGUUCGCCAACUCCGGCAACACCAUCAGGUCUCUCCCCAGAAAAAGAAGAACUAUACACCGAUCCCUUAACUACUUUUGACCAGAAGGGAGCGAGUACGGUCUAG